AUGUUGAACGAAAGUCUUACAAACCCAUUGUUCGGAAAAGGCAAGUGCAACAUUGUCAGAGCUGUAAACAUUCUUUUCGAGAAAGGUUUGUUGGAACCAAUUCCAGAUGACAAGCUGACAGAAACUUUUGUACCAAAAGACGAAACAAACUUUUCAUUGUUAGCAAGACCAAAAGUUGUUCCAGACAAAGUUAUAGCACAAAAGAAGUACACUGUUCCAAAAGGAGUUGGAUUGUUCGGAUACCAACCUGAACCAGAAGAACUUCCAAUGAGGUUGCAAGAACUUCAAGAUGCUAUAAACAAACUUCCAUUGAGACAUCCAAUUGACGUCAAAUUGUAUUGGAGAGCAUCGGAGUUAGGUCAGAAGGUUUUAUAUGAAACAGGUUGCUUCGACGAUGUUUAUGAGAUAGCAGGCGAAGUUUCUCAGAAGAUAAGAGACUCACUUGAAUUUCCACGAACUGGACCCAUUGGUUGCGACAAGUUCGACUCAAACGAAAAGAUAUACUAUGUCGACCUUAACGCUGCAUACAUGAGGUUCGUCCAAUAUAUCCCGACUGGAAUUCCAAACGAAGACGGUGAGUUCCCAGGAAGGAACUAUACAGUUGGAAAAGUCAUACAACAACUGUAUGAUAUUAGGAAAGCUUCAAACCCCAAACUUGCAAUGACACUCAAAUUGCUUAUGAAUUCGACAUGGGGAUAUUCCAUUAAGAAACCUCAAAAGAUGAAGAGUAAACACUAUGAGAAGGUCGACAACUUUGUUGAAAGGUUCUCCCCUUUUGUUUUGAAAUACGAAUUUACUCAAGGUCAAGGUGGCUUAGUAACCACAGUAAAACCUAUUGUCGAACAUUG